GUUUAACUUGGUGUACUUAAUUACUCUUUAUUAUUAGUAUUAUUAUUACGAGACGUUUGAACUCCUUUUUCUUAUUACUAUAUCGAAAAAUAAAAAAAUCUUAAUCAGCGUAACGUCCGUGUUUGUAAUUGCUAUAAAAAGCGCACCAAGUCUCAUAUUUCAAUCACAUCCAAUUCAAUUCAAUAUUCAAACUUUCACUUGUUGAUAAUAUCUUUUGAUUGAAAAAAAGAAGAAGAACUAUGGCUGAUCAAUACGAACAGAACAAGGCAUCCGUUGAAGAGACUGUUGGUACCAACGUGGAAUCUACUGAUCGUGGUUUGUUUGAUUUCAUUGGAAAAAAAAAAGAGGAAAAACCAAGUCAUGCUCAUGAAGAAGAGGCAAUUUCAUCUGAGUUGUCUGAAAAAGUUAACGUAAGUGAAGAAGUGGAACACAAGGAGGAGGAAAAGAAAGAAGAGAAGAAACUUCAUCGAUCAAAUAGCAGCUCUAGUAGCUCCAGUGAUGAGGAGGAAGAAAUUGGAGAGGAUGGACAGAAGAUCAAGAAGAAGAAAAAGAAGGGAUUGAAGGAUAAGAUUAAGGAAAAAAUAUCUGGUGAUCACAAGGAAGAAUCGAAAGCAGAGGAUACUUCAGUUCCAGUUGAGAAAUACGAGGAAACAGAGGAGAAAAAAGGAUUUCUAGACAAAAUUAAGGAGAAAUUGCCAGGUGGCGGACAUAAGAAGACGGAGGAAGUAGCGGCGCCGCCACCACCACCACCGGCUGCGGUGGAGCAUGAGGCGGAGGGGAAGGAGAAAAAGGGAUUUUUGGACAAAAUUAAGGAGAAAUUACCAGGGUACCACUCAAAGGCUGAAGAGGAAAAGGAGAAGGAAAAAGACUAAAUUAAAUGAAAUGUUUUUUUAAUUUUACUUUUGGGAUGUUAUGAUUGUGUUUCUGUGUUGUUUUGGUUUUUUAGUGUUUCAUUUCCUUCACUUUGUUUUUUUUUUGGAUUCUGAAGGAUAAUUGUUAGUACUGUAUUUGAUAUUUCUGUAUGUAAGUGCAUAUAUAUGUGCCUUAUGUGUAUGAAGUUUGAUAAUAUGGAUUUGUAAAAUGCAGUUGAUUUUAUCCUUAUUGACUUCUUGUUUUAUGGUUUA